UGGAGCCCCCUCUUCAGCUGUUCCAUCUCCUGGAGAUUCCAGGUGUCUGUGCAGCAGCCUCUGUCACCCUGUGACCUGCAGGUACUGGGAGAUCUGUAGGGAGGACACCGGGACAUCCCGGGAGCUGGGAAAUGCUCUAUCGACUCAUUCUACCCAAGACGGUUUGCAAGAGCUCAGCACAAAUAUUUUAUUUCCGGAGAUGAUCCUGGGCAGAUAUCAAAGUUGUGGCCCUGAGAAUAUAAACUUUAUGAAAGACUGGGAAGGUGUGUAUGAGUGUAAGGAGCAGAAAGUAUGUUACAGUGGACUUGACAAAUGUGUAACAGCUACCCAUGACAAAGUUUUCCAAUGUAGUAAAUGUUUAAAUGUCUUCCAACAGUCAUCAAAUAUAAAUCGACAUAAGAUGAUAUGUACCUUAGAGAAAACUUUUAAAUGUAAAAAGUAUGAGAAAGCCUCUAAGCUCUGCUCACAUAUCACAGAACAUAAGAUAACAAAUACUGGAGAAAAACAACACAAAUGCAAAGAAGGUAGCCAAGUCUUCCAAUCUAGCUCAAGACUCCAUGCUGGAGAGAAACUCAACAAGUAUGAAAAUGAUGGCAAAUGUCUUAACCACAGAUCAAUAUAUUGUAACUAUAAGAUUUUGAAUACUGGAGAAAAACCCUACAAAUAUAAGGAAUGUGACAAACUUACCAAGCAGUAUUCAUACAUUUAUGGCCAUAAAAGAAUUCAUUCCAGAGAGAAAUGCUACAAAUGUCAAGACUGUGGCAAAGCCUUUAAACAUUACUCAAGCCUUUCUGUACAUAAAGUACUUCAUUCUGGAGGGAAACCAUACAAAUGUGAAGAAUGUGGCAAAGCCUUUAUCAGGCACUCAGUCCUCUCUACACAUCAAAGAAUUCAUUCCAGAGAGAAACCUUACAAAUAUCAAGAAUGUAGCAAAGCCUUUAACCAGUGCUCAAGCCUUUCUGUACAUCAAAGAAUUCAUUCUAGAGAGAAACCGUACAAAUAUCAAGAAUGCGGUGGAGUCUUUAAUGUUAGUUCAUCCAUUACUAAACAUAAAAGUAUUUACUCUGGAGAGAAACCCUACAAAUGCCAAGAAUGUGGCAAAGCAUUUAAACAAUCCUCACAUCUUUCUGAACAUCAAAGAAUUCACUCUGGAGAGAAACCCUACAAAUGUCAAGAAUGUGAGAAAGCUUUUAAAUGCCACUCACACCUUUCUGUCCCUGUGCCUGUGGAUGUGGUGGUAGCAGGUGAAGAGUUUGUGCUGAUGCCUUUAAAGGCAUAUGGUCAAGAAGAUGGCAUUAACUGCCUGCAGAUGUCCUCAAACUAUGGCCAGCAGGCCAUCGGCAGCCCACGUAGGACAUUUAUCCAGCCCGCCGGGUGUUUUUGCUGCCGCUACCUGUCCUGCUUAGCAGCUGACUCAUCCCAGGGCCCACAGUCUGGCCCUCCAAUGGUCUGA